AUGCUGGCAUAUUUUCCCCCGAAACUUAGAAUUGCAGUUCUACCCGUGACCAAAUCGAUAGAAGUUAAAAGAAUCGGCAACACUACCAUUAUUUCGGGAGUUGAAGGAGAAUUUAUAAAACUAUUGGCUCGUGCAUUAAAUUUCGAAUAUGAGAUUAUUGUUCCCCCAGAUUUUUACGGGGAAAUGGAGGCAUACGGAAACUACACUGGAAUGAUAGGAAUGCUGCAAAGGAAAGAAGCUGACAUGGGAUUCAGCUAUCCAGGUACUUCAGAAGAGCUUUCAAAAGUUAUGGACUCCAGUGUACCUUACUACAAUAUUGAAAAAACGUUUACGAUGAAUUAUGCUCCGUUCUUGUCAAAAACAAUAGCAUUCACGUAUCCUUUUAGCACAAUCACAUGGAUUUUAUACUUUAUCGCACUGCUCUCUGUGUCAGUGCUAUUUCGAACUUUGAUUUCACCAAAAGAUUCCAUUAUUUCCGUUUUUUUCAAUUUCUGGGGAUCUUCUUUCGGACAAGGAAUGAGCUACAACCCUCGCUCCAUGUCCAGACGGAUACCACUUGGAAUUUGGCUCCUUUAUUCAUACGUUUUAAUUUUGUGUUACAGCUCAGUCCUGUUGUCCGUUUUGACAUCUCCCAUCAGAAUGAAACAAAUAAAAGAUUUCAAGGAUCUCUAUCUCGCAGUCAGGGUGGGGAAAAUGGAGUGUCUAUCAUCGGUGCAAACUGAUGAGGUAAUUAAUUUGAUGAAAAGCCAUUCACCUCAUUUAAGAGGAUUAGGGGAAUACAUUAAAAAGAAUGACUGGUUUUACGAUUCCCUUGACUUUGACAAAAUUCCAGAACAUGUAGCAAUACUUGGUUCACCUGAUCUAUUUCGCGUGUCUAUUGGACCACCUGAAAAAUACUUUUAUUCGAAGGACACUUUUGGAAGUUUUCAUUACGGGGUUGCAAUCAGGAAAGCAUUUUGCUGCAAAGAACGCUUAAAUACAAUCGUACUCCGAAUUUUAAGUGGUGGCUUAUAUAAUACAUUCAAAGAAGAUUUCCUCUUUAAAUUAGAUUUAUUAACAAAUUUAAAUAUGGGUCAUUCUCAGAGUACAUUAUCAUCACCUUUAAGUUUAUCAAAUUUAAAUGGAGUGUUUAUUAUUCUUGGUAUAGGCUGGGGAGCGGGUAUUAUUGCUUUAAUGAUGGAAAUCACCUACUGUCGAUGGUUACGCCCAAAACAGUACCAAACCUGA